UCCAAAGGCUGUGUAACAGCUUUUUCCGCGACGCUGAGUUGACAGAAAGGCACUUGAACCACUGCUGACAGAUUGACACUUGAAUCACUUGGGAGUAAAAACGACAAACAGCGAUAGACUAACAAAAACAGCAGGUGUAGGGUCACAGACUCGUGUAGGAAACCGCGCGGAUUUAAGGGGAGUUGACACUACUGCAGGUUCAUAGUAGGAUGUAGGUGGAUGUAGGUGGAGGUGCGAAUGAACACGCAUGUAAUAUCGGGAGUACGUGGGCAUGUGAUAGAGUUCGGUAAACACUGAACAUCUGCAGAGCUAUCUAUAGACUAGGCUUCCACUUUUCCGUCUUUUGCUCUGGAAAAUUGACAGUCUCUAAGGAUCUCCGAGGAAAAGUGGAAUUUGUUUAUCAGCUUUCCUCCAGCCGACUGUGUUAUUGCAGUCCUCUUAUGCGUAUCCUUUCUGUGUUCUAUUUCAGAUCAACAACACCCUGUGACUUUAUUGCAGCGCCAAAACAAGCGCCACAACAGGGGCUUUUGAAACUACAAUCAAGGUUAAAUGCACUCCAUUUUUAAAGGUCUUCCGUCAUUGUUUGGUUUGACCCACUGUUUUUAUUGAGUAAACAAUCAAAAUCUUCUCAUGAGCAAACCAAAGUUAAACACACUGCGGUACGCACGCGAUGUUAUCCCAACUAAGCGCAGACACCAGAAAAGCCACUUGAGCGUUUUCUCAGGAGAUGGUACACCAGUGAAGUUCAAAGGGGAUGCCUCUCUUAAAUGACGUCACCCCUCGUAAUUCAUCAAAAUAUCAAUGAAAAGGCGAGGAGGGUGGGCACAGUAUUCUAGUCCAUCACGCACAUAAAGGAGCACUAAGGCAGCCGGAGGACGCCCUUCGUCGACUUGAGUUUGAGAUUCUAAGAAACAAGUCCCCACAGAAAAUGUACCGGUAUCGAGUUGAGAGGAUGAACAUGUGGAUAUCACGUCACCUGGUGGUCAUUUGGCUUUACUUGCACUUCAGCGAAGCAUCACCAAGAUAUUCCAACGGCUUCUUCUACCAAGACGCAAUGAAUGGGAACGGCAAUGGAGAGAUACACUUCAGCGGCGUGCGCCUUCAUGUGGAGAGCCCGAGGUCGACGGUGGCGGCUGUUCAGGGCAGCAAUGCCACUCUGCCCUGUCACUACCGGUAUGAGCCGGAGAUUCACACACCUCGUCGGACCAGGGUGAAGUGGUUUCGACUUUCUUCGACAGAUGGCAGUCUGGAGGAGGACGUUAUGGUGGCUAUAGGCACGCGUCACCGGAGCUAUGGUGGCUUUCGGGGGCGCGUGCGCCUCCGCCGAGAGGCCCCUGGGGACGCAUCCCUAGUCAUCAGUCCGCUAACCGUGGAUGACACUGGCCUCUACCGCUGUGAAGUGAUCGACGGACUAGAGGAUGAGAGCGUUACCGUUGGGCUAGAAUUCCGAGGGGUGGUGUUCCCUUAUUACUCCUCCAGAGGGCGCUACCAGAUGAAUUUCCAUGAGGCCAAGCGGGUGUGUGAGGAGCAGGGUGCAACACUGGCCACAUUUGACCAGCUCUUUGCUGCCUGGGAAGAGGGGCUGGACUGGUGCAAUGCAGGGUGGCUGGCGGAUGGCACAGCCCAGUACCCCGUGUCCAUACCAAGAGAGGCCUGCGGGGGCGCUCAUCUGGCCCCUGGCCUCCGCAGCUACGGCCUGCGGCAUCAACACCUUGACCAUUUUGAUGCCUUUUGCUUCACUGCCUCCCUCAAAGGCACCGUGUACUUCCUGGAGCAGCCUCGGAGGGUGAACUUCACGGAGGCGGCGCAGGCCUGUCGGGAUGCGGGCAGCGAGAUGGCCAAGGUGGGCCAGCUGUACGCUGGCUGGAGGUUCCAGGGCCUGGACCGCUGUGACGCGGGCUGGCUCGCCGACGGGAGUGUGCGCUACCCGAUCUCCAGACCCCGGGCCAACUGUGGCCCAGAGGAAGCUGGAGUGCGCACUUUUGGCUAUCCUCCACGCCAGCAGAAGCACGGUGUUUACUGCUACAUGCCCCACUGGUAAACAUGGGCCGGUGCUACAUGCCCCACUGGUAAACAUGGGCCGGUGUUAAUGUGCCCGCAGUGCAAACUACCACUCUGCAGUUCAUCAUUUGGUAGCUAAACUUUGCUGAAUCCCUCAGGACAUGACGCCAAUGUAAUACAACUUUUAUUGAGACAAAUUGUUUUUUGACAAAUCAUACUCGCUUUCUGACGAUGCUAAUGGCGCACCGGUCAUUUAGAAAUGGCUUAAGUAACUGUGACUCUUUUAUGUUUGUUAUUACAUGAUUAUAAUAUUGGAUCAUUUAAUGUUUAUUAUGUAUUAUGUAAUUUUGUGUACAAUUCCAAGCUCCCUGUUUAAAUAUAGAUACACCUCAGCAGCCACAGCCAUAUUGUCCCAAAAUGUCAGCAUAAUAUAUCUCUCUGCACAGGUUAUCAGUGAAAAGAGGUUGGUGCACGCACACAUCACCAAAAUGAUGAUGUACGGAUGACUUAAUACUACCCAGCAUAUGAUUAUUUGAACUAUUUCAUAGAUUUAGAUUUGUAACAAGCAGGGGAGCGUAUAAUGUAUGUAUGCUAGCAGGGGAGCGUAUAAUGUAUGUAUGCUAGCAGGGGAGCGUAUAAUGUAUGUAUGCUAGCAGGGGAGCGUAUAAUGUGUGUAUGCUAGCAGGGGAGCGUAUAAUGUAUGUAUGCUAGCAUCCAUCACUAGUAUUUCUCUCAAAUGUUUUUCUCCUUACUCACUACCUACACCACUUAUAUGUCUGCUCACUCACUAUCUGGGUCACCUAAAGCUGUCACCUCGGUAUUCUCUGUGGUGAUACCCAGAUUCAACCGCUUGCCACCUCAGGCUGGGUGGCACUCUGAUGGUAAAUGACUCAGAAGGUAGAUUUUGAGUUGUGCUAUUCCUGUAGUUAGGCUACUUUUGAUAUAUAUUACUGGGUAUUCGUAUGUUGUUGUUUUUAAUGUUAAUCAAUGACUUGUGGUCUGUUAUUCCUUGUCCGAAAAUGGAAAAUCUGGAAAUAAAAGCCCACGAGUGUCUUACAAAGUCUUACAAAUCACGGCAUUAAGUAAGCAUGUGUUGAUAAAACUUGGUUGUUACGAAAUAAAUAAUAUUUUCCAUCUUGAAAAUAAAUAU